UCUUCUGCCAAACAAAUGAGAAUUGUGAAAAAAAGCAUGUACCGGCGAAAUUUAUUAUUUUCUAAGUUAUUUAAAACGAGUUUGAAUGGUAAACUUACCUCAAAGUUAUCGAAAGGAUGCGAUACAGGUAGCUCAUUACGAUGUUUAAACUUGAAACUGAUAUCCCAACAGCAACAUAUUCGAUGUUUAUGCAAUACAGAAUCCCACAGAAAGACACUUCACAGUGGCCAUGACAGACAGCAACAGGACAGCAGAGGAUUUAGUAAAAGUUCAUGGAUGAUGGUGGCUGGAGCUGGAUUAUUCUCUUACUCAGUAUGGAAAGCUAGACAUCAGUUACAAGAUCUGCGGAACCAAUUUAUUGUUUUUGCACUUGAUGAUGAGAAGGAAGAUAAAGAUUGUGCAACCGACAAAACAAAAGAAAGAGCACAAGAACCUACCCCACUAAAAGAUCAAGCUAUACCUUCAUAUGUACCAUAUCUGUUGAUUGGAGCUGGUACUGCAUCACACAGUGCAAUGAGAGCAAUCAGACUCGGAGACCAUAAAGCUCAGGUGUUAAUUGUAGGAGAUGAAGAUAAUAACCCAUACAGCAGACCUCCAUUGUCGAAAGAAUUAUGGUAUGGUGAACAAACAGGAAUAUUUUAUGACCCGAGCGAUUUUUAUGGUAUACCAGAAGAUCUUCCAUCAACAAAGUAUGGUGGAGUUGCUGUUCUGCAAAAUAGAAAGGUCAUCAAAUUAAAUACAGAAGACAGAAUAGCAUUCUUAGACAAUGGCAGUGAAAUUAAAUAUGAUAAAUGUCUCAUAGCAACAGGUGGCAGACCUAAAAAUCUUCCUGUGUUUGAAAAUGCCAGUAAAGCAGUACAAUCCAGAGUUCAUUUGUUCAGAAAUAUUAAUGAUUUUGUACGAUUACACACCAUUGCUCAUACAAGAAAGUCAAUUGCUAUUAUUGGUGGAGGUUUCCUGGGAAGUGAAUUGGCCUGUGGUUUAGCACAUAGAGGUCACAAUAGGGGACUUACAAAUUUAAAAGUGUACCAGAUAUUUCCUGAGAAAGGUGUGAUGAGUAACGUUUUACCAAACUAUCUCAGCAAAUAUACAACAGAGAAAAUCAAAGAAGAGGGUGUGGAUAUUGUAUCUGAGAAAUCAGUGAUGGAAGCCAAAUACAAAGAUAAACAAGUUGUUUUAACACUGAGUGAUGGCAGCCAGAUAAAAGUUGAUGAUAUAGUUGUCACAGUAGGUUUGCAACCUAAUGAUGAUAUAGCUAAAUCUUCUGAAUUAGAUAUAGACCCUAUGAGAGGUGGAGUAAUGGCCAAUGCUGAAUUAGAGGCAAAACCAAACAUAUGGGUGGCAGGUGAUGUGGCCAGUUUCUAUGACUACAAAUAUGGCCGAUGUCGAGUGGAACAUCACAAUACUGCUGACUCAAUGGGUAAACUGGCUGGUCAAAAUAUGGCAGGAGCAAGGAAGCUUUAUGAGCAUAAACCAUAUUUCUGGUCAGAUCUUGGUGGAGAAAGUUACCAGGCUAUUGGAGAAGUGGAUUCAAGCUUAGAAACAUACAGCAUAUUUACACCCUUAAAAGACAAGUCAUUAAAAGAACAUUCCUCACAACAAGAUGGCACAAAAAACUCAAAUAACUCAUCUCAGACUUCAAACCCUCCAGCUUUAAAAUCAACAGAAGAUUAUCAGGGUGUUGUGUUUUAUUACAAAGAUAAACAGAUUGUUGGUAUCGUUCUGUGGAAUGUAUUUGGUCGAGGAAAAGUAUCUACUUGUAGACAAAUAUUGGAGAAAAGCAAAGAAAUAAAGUCAGAAGAUCCAUAUGAACUAUCUAAAUUAUUGUUCCGCUCGUAUAAACCAUCUAAGCCAAAUAUAGACAAUAAACAAGAAACACCUCAAGACAAAUCAUAACAUAGGGUAGAAAUAAUAGAACAAAUUGUUAAAAUCAUGUGAUAUUUAACUUGUUUUUGUAAUUUAGAAUAUUUUCCUUGACAAAAGUAUUUUUACUAAGAGAACAUUGUCAGGUGUAAGGGCAAUAAGGCCUUAUUUCGUCUAAAUAUAAGUGCACAUUUAAAAGUCACCAUGAUAGCAUAUGUGAUUCCAACUUGCCCUAGAAAUACUUAAAGGAAACAGUAGUAAGAACAGAAAAAGAAAUUUCAGAUUGAUUAGUAAACCUGGCAACAAAUUAUGACCAAAUUUGUAUAUGAUGUACAGAUUCUUGAUUUCUUUGUUUUACAUCAACUUCCAAGAAAACAUUUUUAUUGUUAUAUUAUUGGCCAUUGAAGAAACAACUUGAUAUUUAGUGAGAUUAUGUAAAAAGUGAUAAUAAAACUACUGUAAAUUCAGAAAUUAUUGUGUGCAUAUUUUAUGUGAUUUUGUCAUUUUAGACUAAAAUUUUAUUUAUUGUGAUAUUCAGAACAAUCCUGUUUGAUUCAUAUAAAUGAGUUUAACUGCGAGUUUUAAUUACUUUGAUUAUAACCCUGUCACAUUUUUCACAAUAAUAAAAACAUAACAAUUAUUUCUGAAUUUACAGUAACUGUAAAAUUCUGUUGUUUUUUUUACUACACAGAUGAUUUCAAAAUAAAAGAGAUAUCCACAGGUGAUGAUUGUUGUCUUGAACACUGUUGAAUUGAAAUUUCGGAUGACUCAAAGUUUUCUUAUGGUCCUGACCUCUGUUCCAUAUAACUAUGAAUUCAGAAAUAUUUGUGAUUGCUAUUAUUACUGCAAAAAUUAAAAAAAAUAAUUUACAACUCACAUUAAAAAAUUUAAUGAUUUUUAUUUGAAAGAAAAAUUAUUUAGAUAAAUUUAUGUGAGAGUUUGCAUUGCUUGUCACUGUUGGACUGACAUGUCUCAAUAAAAAUGUUAUACUAACCUUU